CACAUUUUGCCAUUUCAAACCAUACGCCUUUUUUUUUUGUUAAGCGUUCAUGGUGGUCAAACAUAAAUUUCGCCCUUCAAGAUUUCUAUGAAUAGCAAUAUUUAACGAGACAAACAAGUUAAUAUAUUUCAUCCCUCCACUUCAGAAUUCGCAUAUGAUGAAAUCGUUUAAAUAUUCCAUUGACGCACCUGACAGUGUCAGAAACAUUGCUAACGCAUUCAAGAACAGUCUUAAGGCUAAGACAAAAUUGAAUUUGACAAUCAAGUUGAGAAAUGCAGAUAAGUCUAGAAAUAAGUCCAGUGAUGUUGACCUAGUUUUCUUCCCAGUUGUUUCUCGCUCUGGAACUGACAUUGAUGCUGCUCUCAGUAAGAUUGAACACACUAAGCCAGUAAUUUUAGUGGUGCUUCAUCACACAUUUGACCCUGAGGCUGUUGUGUCAAACAGCAGUACAUUUGUGAUGAGAGAGAACACAUGUACAGUGGACUGUCUGUUCUAUGAGGACAAAGGAUUAUUAAAAUGUAAAAGAAAUGAUAAAGCUUGUGAAGAUGUUAUAAAGUGGCUGAAAUUGAUGAAACGGCCAAAGAAAGAAGAACGUGGUAAACAAAAAGGAUCCCAUACCAAAUCCUGACAAACUUCCAGUUCAACUUCUGCACGGAUGCACUGGGAAAAGAAAUAGUGGAUGAAUCAGUUGUUUCAUUUUCAUUUUUUACACGUAUUUCAUGGUCUUACCAGUGCUCCUGAAUAACCCAAAUUUAUUUGAUAGUGUAUGCAUAUUGAUAACCAAUUAAAAGCUUUGCAGGCUCACUUUGUCAUGUUCUAGUUAUAGAUGCUCUACAGAGGUGCUCUACAGUAGAGCUUUUACAUCCCUACAGGGGUUGGACAAAAUUAUGUGAUUAUAGGAAAUAGGCAAUAUUUCUAUAUUAAGGUGUUUUACCACCAUUUGUCUUAAUACAGCUUCCAGCCUUCCUAGAAUAGAUUCAUACAACCUUUGUAUAGACUCAGUUGAAUCAGAACACCACAAUAUUCUCCUUAUCAGAAAAACAUUGCUUCAGGGAGUCUGUUUCUCACUGUUUUCUCCAACACUGGAAUUUAUCAUUUUAAAGUCAGGUGAUUGAAGUCAGGGCAGAUGUUGAAGUUCAUCUUUGGUGCUCCACUCGUCUAGGUUUUAUGAUCAAGACACCACAUUGUUUGCAUUUUGAAGAAAGUUUUUGCAUUUUGAGUUAUUUCAUGGUUGUUGGCUUUGUAAAGUUCUCUGUGGUCUUUUUUUUUCUUAAGGGUGAAAUUUUUAAUUCGAUGUCAAUUUGCUGCAGUGGUUCUGUAUGGUUUAGACACACAGUACUUAGUGUGUGACUGUAGAUGUCAUUCACUUUUGUUCUUCACUGGUAGUUGUAGAUGAAGUCUUGCCAUGUUUUGUGCAUGCAGUCAUGAUCAUAAAGAAUAUUCUUCUUAAAACUACAAAAGGUUACAGAUGCUUCUGCUAAACAGGCUCCCAUGAUUUGCCAUUUUUGGAAGUCUAACAGGUCACCCAUGACCCAUUUCACCCACAGCUUGUACUAAACCCUGCUGAACACAAGUGAUACUACACUGAUAUACAACCUAGAGAGAUAGACAAUGAAAGAUAAAUAAAAGAUAAUGCAACAUCUGUUUUUCUCGGCAGCCUAAACAAUAUUAGGCUAUUAUUAUUACACUAACCCCUAUAAUAAUGGGGGUUCACAUUGUCCAACCCCUGUAUGUAUGAAGUUUUUACAGUAGAUUAAUCCUCUGUUAUCCAGACUGCUUUUCUUGUGUAGGAUUGCAAGGAUGCUGGAGCAUGAGUAGACUCAUGUAUCAAAUAAUUGUUAUUUUGUCUUUCUGUUUCUGUCAGUGUUUUUGUUGCACAUUUUUCCUCUGACAAAAUUGUAUAUUUAAUUCAUUUUAAUCUGCAGUGCAUGCAUUGUUCAUAUUUCCAAUCAGCAGACCCAAUGUGCAACUGUAUACAGUAAGACUGAAGUGGAGAUGGCUAACUCGCUAUUGACAAAACUAGCAAAAUUGUUGCAUAUGUCGGCUAUGCCACUCCACUCAAACAUGCAGCAAAGUACUGCAAUUUACUUCCAAUAUGUACAAAUGCUGUCCUGCAUGAUUCAUUUUAUUCCUCGUAUGAUAAAGUUUGUUUAAUAAUCAUUAAAAUAAUAUCAAAUUCACUUGCUUAUAGUUCUGUACUUUUUGAAGUGAACAAAAUAUUGUGAUUUAAAAAUAUCCUAAUAAAGAUUUAUAUAUUCUGCAAUG